CUUAUAAUCUCAAUUAUCACGUUGAUCGUUAGAAAUACUGAGUUUCUGAUCGCAUUGGAAUUUUUUGUUCAAAACAGUUAGUUAUCUACUGGCUCUAUAUGCUCUACAAUUCCAUUCAAAAGUAACAAAACAUUAGAUCAUGGAUCAGAGUUGCUGGUUGAGAGUUCUCAUCCUACUCUCAAUGUAUCUUAUGGUCAAAUCGGAUAAAGAAUAUGAAGAAGAGAUCUUGGAAUACGUGAUUUCAUCGAGAAGACUACAUCAGUUACUUCAAGAAGCCUACACCGAGGAGAAGACCUUGACUCUUGCUGGCUAUAUAGUGAACAGCAAAUCAUUUCGUGAAAUAUUGUAUCGUAAUUUCGGAGGCAAAAUUGAUGUGUUACAAUUCUAUAAUGAUGAAAUUGCGUAUGAUAAGUUCCGGGGCUACAUGUACACAUAUUGUCGUGGUCAACAAUUGCUUAGGAAUGAUCUUGAUCUCACGAGGACUGUCAGAUCUUUUAUUAAGUUUUGGCCGACGAGGAAUAUGUCACAAUCAACAUACGAUCUCAAAGUACAAGAGCUUGGGGUGGAUCCUUCGUCCAUCGGCUAUCUCUAUAAAUUUCUAUUCUAUUUGAGAAAUAUCAGAAAUAGCGGAGAGUACAGUUUUAUCAGCGAUGAGUUCAUAAGGAGAGUUGCUGAUAACAAAGACUUGAUUGUUAUUCUCAUUAGUCGUAUGGAAGUUGAGAAACAAUUGAUUUUUGAUUUUAAUGCCGAGAGACGCUUCUAUGAAGAACUUUUUGACGCAGUCGAUAGGGGAGUUUUCGAUAAAGAAAUCGAUAGACUUGAGGAAUGGAGGGAAAAAAUUACAAGAAUAAAUUUCGGUCUAAUUAAGUUAUACACAGAGACCAUGGAACAUCAACAAAGACAGUUUAAGUUUUACUCUACAGAGAUAGCAAUUUUGUAAAAAUACUAAUUAUUAAUUGGUAUUAUUGAUAAUUCAUCUUAGCUGUUCUACUAUCAUUUAGAUAUUUUAGAUAAUAUGGAUGCUAUAGUGAUGUUAUAGUGAGGUCCACAUUAUAAUGGCAGUAUUUGAUGAACAUUGCUAUCCUUGUCUAUCAUUCAACAAAGCAGAUAGCCCUAUUCUCUUCUCGCUCCGCAACGCUACAUCACAGCGUUACAUUUUCUUAAUGUAAUUAUUCGUCGAAUGAAAUAUAAUUUAUCAUUUUCAACAAUAGUUUGUCAGAUAUAUCGGUGUCAGGUAUCUGCUAUAGCAAGACAGAGAAUCGGCAACUCUGUUCUCCUAUCUUUCUCCACUGUCAUUAUCACAUGAACCUUACUAUAUCAAUAUUUAUACUCGUAUUUUGAGGGAUUUUUAUUUCUGUAGAAAAACUAUCGAGUCUCCCUGGAGAAAUGAAUAAAACAUAUAUAUGUAUGUGGUAUGAGACAGAGUUAUUAUUUGGUAUAUGUACUUACUACGCCUUUCUAUCAGUUGUAACAGAUUCUCAACAUGGAAUUAAUUUAUUCUUAGAGGUUUAGGAAGGAAUUCAUGUUCUAAAUAAUACCGUGUUGGGAAAGGCUAGAUAUUCAUAAGCAUUUAUCAUAUACAAAUUGAUGA